CCGCCGCCCACGCAGCCUCACCUGGGCCCGGCCCGCUGCCAGGUCCCGCCCCGCGCGGCCCGGUCCCACCCUUCUCGGAUUUAGUCCUGGCAGCUCCCGAGGCCCCGCAGCCGCCGCUUCCGCCUUUGCCAGACAUGCUCCCGGAGGCGGGCGCCCCGUGGCUGCUGAGGCUACUCCGGGACACCCAGCUGGCCCAGUUUUACAGAUCCAUACUCGAGGAGCUGAAUGUUACCCGGCCAGAGCACUUCGACUUCGUAAGACCUGAGGAUCUGGACAGCAUUGGCAUGGGCCGGCCUGCCCAGCGCAGACUGGCUGAAGCUCUGAAGAGGCACCGUUUGGGGCACAAGCCUAAGAACUGGGUCUACAAGAUCCUUGGGGGGUUUGCCCCUGAGCAGAAGGAGACCACCCCACCUUCGGACAACCCUCCAUCCCUCCCUGAGCCAGAGGGGGGACUCAAGUGUCUGAUCCCAGAUGGUGCUGUGUGCAGAGGGGAGCUGCUGGGCUCCGGCUGCUUUGGCGUGGUGCACCGAGGGCUGUGGACACUGCCCAGCGGUCAGACUGUCCCAGUGGCUGUCAAGUCCCUCCGGGUGGCUGCCGAAGGCUCCGUGGGCACGGAGCUGAGGGACUUCCUUCGAGAGGUGUCGGUCAUGAUGAACCUGGAGCACCCACAUUUGCUACGUCUGCACGGGCUCGUGCUGGGCCAGCCUCUGCAGAUGGUAAUGGAGCUGGCGCCGCUGGGCUCCCUGCACGCGCGCCUGACCGCGCCGGCCCCGGCACCCCCGCUGCCCGUGGCUCUGCUCUGCCUCUUCCUGCGGCAGUUGGCAGGGGCCAUGGCGUACCUGGGGGCCCGCGGGCUGGUGCACCGGGACCUCGCUACACGCAACUUGCUGCUGACCUCGCCCUGCACGAUCAAGGUGGCCGACUUCGGGCUGGUGCGGCCGCUGGGCGGCGCCCGGGGCCGUUACGUGAUGGGCGGGCCCCGCCCCAUCCCCUAUGCCUGGUGUGCCCCGGAGAGCCUACGCCAGGGGGCCUUCUCUUCUGCCUCGGACGUGUGGAUGUUCGGCGUGACGCUGUGGGAGAUGUUCUCUGGGGGCAAGGAGCCCUGGGCCUGGGUCCCGCCCUACCUCAUCCUGCAGCGGCUGGAGAAGGACCAAGCCCGGCUGCCUAGGCCUCCUCUCUGCUCCAGGGCCCUCUACACCCUCGCCUUGCACUGCUGGGCCCUCCAUCCUGCUGAUCGGCCCAGCUUCUCGUCCCUGGAGGGGCUGAUCCAAGAGGCCUGGCCUCCUGAGGGGCGCUGUGUGAGGGAUGUCUCAGAGCCAGGUGCCCUGAGGAUGGAGUGUGGUGAUCCCAUCACUAUCAUCGAGGGCAGCCCCAGCUCCACAACCUGGAAGGGCCAGAAUGGUCGCACAUUAAAAGUGGGCAGCUUCCCAGCCUCGGCAGUGACGCUGACCGACCUGAAGGGCUCGCCGGCCACCUGUCCAGUCCACAGAGGCUCCCCUGCCUGGGAAGAGCAGAGACGGGGAAGCGUGGACGGGGCCAGAGCCAAGGCAAAGCUUCGGGAGCCACCUCCAGCUCAGGGUCAGAAAAGGAACAUGCCCCUGCAGAGGAGAAAGGGCAUUUCCAAGAGUCUGGAAUCUGUUCUGUCCCUGGGCCCCUGCCCCACAGGGGGUGGUUUGAGCCCCCCUGAAGUUCGAAAAGCCAGAGAUGUCCCCCAGGGGCCCCCAGGCCUGCCACCCCGCCCUCCCUUUGCCUCCGGCUCUUCUCAGUCCAACCAGCCCCCCAGGGAGCGGCCUCCCUGGCCCAAAAGAGAACCCCUGCACAGUCACCCCUUGGGAGCGCCUGGAGCCAGCAAAGCCGCUGUUCUCUCCGGAGGUCUCUUGCCCGACCCCGAUUUGCAGAAGAGGGUUAUGGAGGUGGAGCUGAGCGUACAUGGAGUCACCCACCAGGAGUGCCAGGCGGCACUGAGAGCCACUGGAGGAGAUGUGGUUUCUGCCAUCCAGAACCUUAAGGUAAAGGCAGACCCUUCUCUUGGGCUCCCCCCUCUCCUGCCCCUGCCCUCUGGCACUCAGCUGCCCUCCCUCCUGCUUCCACAGGUAGACCAGCUCUUCCACCUGAGCAGCCGGUCCAGAGCCGACUGCCGGCACAUCUUGGAGCAUUACCACUGGGACCUCUCAGCGGCCAGUCGCUAUGUCCUGGCUCGGCCCUAAGCUCUGCUCCUUUAGACAUGGACACCAGAUGCACCAAGGAGCUGACCCUGUGGGGGCGAGCAGAGCAGAACAAGGUCCUGAAAGGGUGUAUGUUCUCAUCUGAAGAGAGCCUGCCAUAGGCAGGUCCAGGAGUCCAAGGUUGGGCACUGACGCGUGUCUCCUACCCUGCCUCUUGGCCUCUGAAGGCUCAAGCUCCCUUGGCUGGGUCACAGAAGGAUCUAGUCCACCCUUGCUCACCACAUUGCCAACCAGGAGGAGGACUUAGAGGAACAGAGCUGCUACCCACCAUCCCCACAGGCAGCUUGUACUUGCUACAGAGAAUGCCCAAGUGGACAUACUGAACCCUGGGAACAGCCAUCCUGAGCUGCCUUCAGCUCCACACUGAGCUCCGGGGGCACAGCCAUCUCGGGUGAUGGGAGCAGCCAUACUGACUUGGGGCACGUGGCCCAAACUGCCGGGGCCGGGGCCGCAGCCAUCAUGGGUGAUGAAAGUUGCUGUCUAGGAUGCAAGGACACUUGAUCCUGGCAGCAUGGAUUACGAGACGAGACGAGACGGGCCAGCCCCACCCGGCCCAGCUGCCAUAUUUCCCUUUGUUUCUCCCCAUACCAACUCUUUCUUCUGCCCUCUCCCAUGACAUAGAUCUUCCAAUGUCCAAAACGUUACAAAGUUUAUAUGAAUAUAACAUACAAA